AUGAUAUUCGAUGACGACAUACUGCUGAUAACAGAAACUAGAGAUGAGGUUAGUAAUAAAUUGGAUGAGUGGAGGGAAGAUUUAGAAGGUAAACGGUUGCACAAUAGUCGUACGAAGAUCGAGUAUUUGCGCUGUGACUUUAGUGGGACAUCACCGGUAAAUGAACCAGAGGUGUCAAUUGAUGAAACAGUUGUUAAAAGUACAACAAAGUACAAGUAUUUGGGAUCGAUCGUUCAAAGGGAUGAGGAGAUUGAUGGAGAUGUAAAUCAUUGUAUACAUUCGGGUUGCCUCAACUGGCGAGUAGCCACCGCAGUGCUAUGUGAUAGGGAAUUCCCAACCAAGUUAAAAGAAAAUUUCUAUCGGGCGGCAAUCAGACGUGCUCUGAUAUAUGGGACCGAAUACAUUUCCCGUGUCAUUUCAACUAAUAAUCUAAGAUGUUGCAACCAAGAUGACCCAAAUCAAGCCCCAAAAUUCAUGCUUCUCUGCGGUCAUUUCCCGCCGUAUUGUGACGGGAAAUUCUCGUGGCAUUAUGAAUUUUGA